UCAAGGCUGGGUUUGCUGAACUACUUUCCCGUCUUUAGCAGUCUGAGCAUUUGACACGAACUUCUUGGGAACAACAAAGUGAUUUAAAGCCUGAAAGGAGAUGAGCAAUCCUCGAGACUCAGGCAGAAAAAGUCCCAGUGAUACAGGAAGCCAUCUGGUUCCUGAUGCAUAACUAGGCGGCAGAGCUACCUCUGCCUGACACGGACCUCACUCACUCUGUCGUGGCGUCUGCAAGCAGCUGCUGGGCUCCUCAAGCGGCUCCCUUCCCUCUCUUCACCGGCUGAUGGAUCCUAAGAGGCUCCUCUCUUUGAACUUCCUGCUGUUUCUCUCCCUGGCUUUUGAGCUGAGCUGUGGAACAGGUGAGAGCUUGAUGAAUUGCCCAGAGAUUCCUGGGCGGUUGGGAAGCAGUUUACUGCUGUCCCUGGCAUCUGAAGGGGUAAGUAAGAGCAUGAACAAGAGCAUCCACAUCCUCGUCACCAGAGCAGAGUCACCGGGAAACAGUGUCAAGAAGAAAAUAGCGUCUCUGGAUCUUCCAGAAGGGGGUUCUCCACGCUAUCUGGAAAAUGGCUAUACAUUUCAUCCGGAAAACCUGAGCCUGGGGAUCCUGGAAAGCAGAAAGGAAAAUGAGGGCUGGUACUUCAUGACCCUGGAGGAGAACUUUUCAGUUCGACACUUCUGUCUGCAGCUGAAGCUCUAUGAGCAGGUCUCCACUCCGGAAAUUAAGGUGUUGAACUGGACCCAGGAGAAUGGGAACUGCAGCUUGACCCUGGCCUGCGAAGUGGAGAAGGGGGACUAUGUGGUUUACAGCUGGAGUGAGGAAAUGGCUACCGAUCCACCGAUCCCAGCCAACGGUUCUCACCUCCUGCACCUUAGCCUUGGCCCUCAGAAUGUCAACAAUGUCUACUUCUGCACCGCGAGCAACCCCAUCAGCAGCCGCUCACAGACCUUCACCCCGCAGUCCAAGUGCAGGCCAGAAUCUUUAGAAUCAACACAAUGGGGACUGUACGCUGGGCUGUUCUUAGGGGGCAUCGUUGGUGUCAUCUUGAUUCUCGAAGUGGUAAUACUGCUGUUGAGAAGAAGAGAUAAAGCAAAUCAUUACCAGCCAACAAUGGAAGCAAAAAGCCUUACUAUUUAUGCCCAAGUCCAGAAAUCAGGUUCUGUUCAGAAGAAACCUGAUCCCCUGCCAGCUCAGGACCCCUGCACCACCAUUUACGUUGCUGCCACAGAACCUGUCCCAGAGCCUGUCCAGGAACCAAAUUCCAUCACAGUCUAUGCCAGUGUGACACUUCCAGAGAGCUGACACCACAGACUCAGUGAAGGGACUUCCUGAAGGAAUAAACACUGAACUUGACUCCAUGUCCCAAGCUCCCGUGACACUCUGCACAUCUGUACUCUUCUCAGAUCAACUCCUCGGGGAUGCUUCUUCCACAGCCACCUGUGGGAUGGACAAGGGACUGAGGCUUUCUGAGCACUCAGCCUGCUCCCCAGAGCCCAGGCCUGGAAGAGAGAACUAGAGAUACAGCUUUCCAGCUUUGUGGCAUAGCAGAUGGAACGAGUAAUGUGGGUCCAGGGGGCCCAGACCUCCAGUUGUCUUGCUCCGUGCUGGGACCGGACAAUAAGAGCUGAAGGCAGGAAGCUGCGACAUCUAGUACCUCUCUCAGACAGCUGACGUCUGCAAUGUCUUACGUCUCGGCUGCCUGUGCUUGGUCCUGGGAGCUGACCCCGAUCCACCCAGACCUGAUCGAGGCUCUGCGCCUCACUUUCUCUCUCUGGACGGGCAGUGAAGGGUGAACUCCUUAUUAUAUGUAGAACACUCUGAGAUUAUUCUCUGAAAGAAGCUAAUAGUAUUUUAUUUGCAAACCGAGAAGCUGAAGGGUCAAUAAACUGACAACAUGACUGUGAAGUCUCUGAGCUUUGAAUAAUGGAAGGAAAAUCACCUGAGAUUCUCAAAAAAUUAUAGAAUAUUUAAGUUUAAUAUUAUAUAACAUAUAUAUACUUACAUAUGUAAUGUUUAAGUAUAAGAAUACUUAAAAGUAUUCCGUGCAGAUGGCAUUAGGUUUAAAGAAACAUGACAGGUGUUUGGUGGCGCCGUUACAGAGGAACUCGGCGUAAUCAGAACUUGUCCCAGGCUGAUCUUUCACUUCUCAAAAAGAUCUUUAAAUCCCUACUUCUCUGUUUACUCCAUUGAGCAACGCCUGUGGAUCCUCAGCUAAGAUGCUCUCGCUGUGUCCUGAACCCGUUCACAUCCAUGGCCUCAUGACAUCUGGGUCUUUACCAGGCACCUGCACUCCCCUUCUCACACUAAAUGUAUCCUGAUGUAGAAAAUUAACAUAUUGUAACCCAACAGCUUCAAAUAAUUGCAUGCUGAAUAACUUAAAUUGCAGGCUGCAGACAGAAAGAGCCUCUUCUAGCAAAGUCCUAUUUUCUUCCUAUUCUCUGCUCUCAGGCAGGCCUGCUUCAGUUUAAGCUCUUAGUUCAGUUGGUUAAAUAGGUUCUUGGAAGACCUUGGUGAACACUGGUUCAGGAACCACCAGCCAUCUCCUGACCGUAUAACAAGGGUACCGACUUUCCAGCGCAGGGAUGUUGGGCACCUGCUGCACUGCUCUUGUCCUCCUGGAACUAGACCCCGACUCCUCCACCCCCUCCCUGCCUCCGCUGGACUUGGAAAGUCGACGUUGCUGGCGUGCUGUCUGCACCGAAGUGAUCUCUCCAGCGUCCCUUCAUCUCUUCCGUUCUAGGUUCUAAUUCAGAGUCUGGGACUGAGGGGCCAGUGUUAGGUCAUGCAACCAUGUUCUGCCUCCAAGGGAGGCUGGGAAGUGAAUAUCUGACAUGUUCCACUUUCACAGUGGUUGGUGAGUUCUGCCUCUUACAAGUUAGGGAAUUCCGCAAACACAAGCGAGAUUCAACACUGAGCAGGCAAAAAAGAAAAAAACAAAAAACAAAAAACAAAAAAGUCCACUACACCACCCUCGUAUAAAUGUAGGCUCAUUAGCUGUCUGUUCUCAAAAACUGAGGAAGCUACUAUCAAGGAUUUGUAAACCUUGGGGUUAUGAGCACUCAGUUCCUUCCUACAACUCAGAGUGUUCUAGCACGUCAGUUCUCAACACUUGGGUUUUUUUCUGUGGCCGAAUUCUACCCGAUGGAAGGAAGGAAAGAAAGGGGGAAAGAAGAAGCUCUCUCUUCAAGAUUCCCUGACCGAGGCUCAAGACCUCACUGAGGAGGAUGGCUGUGUCUUGUGGACUUUCAGGCUGUCCUUCAAAUGACGGUUAGAUGUCAGGUUCUGCACCAUCAGGCUCCAGAUUCAAGUCGGAAAGCGCAGACGCCUCAGCUCACCCCCUUCCCUGGGGGCACUGCUGGUGGGGCUGGAGCUUUCCUUUUCCUCAGGCCUAAAAAAUGAAACCGAUACUUUAGAGUCCAGUUUCCCCAUGUUUCUUUUCUAAUGUUUUCUUUUGACUGAGCAUAUUCUGAAUUCUAGAGAACUCAAGAGGAACAGACCAUUCUCGGUUUUAAGGGUCUGGGCUCCAAAAUGCAACUGGGUGUAGUCCCAAGCCUCUUGAGUACACUUAACUCUGCUCCUACAAACCGAUGCGAUUGGUGAACAGUGCACAGGCGGGCUGAAGAACCACUGAUGACAGUAAGUUAUGUCUCUUCCUGAGUUUUUGUUUCUACCUCCUGGAAAUGAAUAAAAUUCGGACAGUCCAUCAAGGAAUUUGCCCUUUUGUCUCGUGCUACCUGGAAGAUUCAUAACAUAGCAAUAUGGCAAGACACGUUCCACAGCUUUGUGCUUCUGCAGCUAUGAAACACUGAGGUGGGGGCGCCUGGGUGGCUCAGUCGUUAAGCAUCUGCCUUCGGCUCAGGUCAUGAUCCCGGGGUCCUGGAAUCGAGCCCCGCAUCGGGCUCCCUGCUCGGCGGGAAGCCGGC